UUAGCUUUUUGAUGCAACUACGACUACGUCGAGGCAGGAAAUUAGAUUUGGAUGAAAAUAACACAUUUAGAAGUAUUAAAAGGCAACAACUGAUGGUACAGCAGCAUUGUGAUAGCAAGUAAGAAACAUAAACAGCAGAAGAGAAGAAGGGUCUCAGCAUCAAAUGGGUAUAAAGACGGAUAAUUGUUUGAGGAGCAGUGGAAUGUUUCUAUAAAAUGCGGAAUCGUUAUGGUGCUUCUUGAACAACAACAGCGCUUAUAUAUCAGUUAUUUUAUCAAUUCAAAGGCUUGCGAAAAUUUGAUGUAUGUAUACAAUGAAUACGAGCAGUCAGUUAGCCGCCGGGAGCGCGCUUGACUCGUCAUCCGUUCAGCAGUUAAAUACGACCAAAGAGGAUUUGAAGACUCAUUUCAUCACACGUGAAGGUGUUUACAGGCAAAUGACUCUUUCCGAAUAUUCACGGCCAAGUCGCGUCGCUUUAAAUCAGGGUGGUAAUAAUGUGAGUAAUGCUCCUGUUCGUGUAUCCUUUGUAACUGUUCAUCCGACAGCGUCCACUUCACAACACCAACCUAUUGAUAAUAUGAUGUUGAACGGUAGCGUACCAACACUACGCAAUUUGGCGUUAGAUGCGGAUUUGGAACGUAAUCUCGAUGAAAGUGAUUCCCCUGUUUAUUCGGACUCUGAUAUGAGCACCAAUAAUGAUCGAAUAUGCUUUAAUGUUGGCCGUGAAUUAUACGUUUUCGUUUAUCGAGGUGUUCAGAGUGCUGUUGAUUUAAAUAAGCCAAUUGAUAAGCGAGUAUACAAAGGUACUUAUCCAACAUCGCAUGAUUUCAAUCAAGAAACCGCUACCGCAACUUCAUGCAGCUUGAUAAUCGGUUUUUCUGCCGGACAAAUUCAGCUUAUUGAUCCAUUCCGAAAUGAUUUGCAAAUCAGUCGACUAUACAAUGAAGACAGAUUAAUUGAUAAAACCGCAGUAACUUGUUUGAAAUGGAUUCCCGGUCAACAGCAGUGUUUUCUGGCAUCUCAUACUAGUGGUAAUGCAUAUUUGUACAACGAGAAUUUGCCCUGCAAUCCAUCACCUCCUGUUUAUCAAAUUUUCAAACAGGGAGAUGGAUAUACAAUUUAUACAUGUAAGACUAAAACAUCAAGGAAUCCAGUGUAUCGUUGGGCCGUUGGAAGUGGCACGCUCCAUGAAUUUGCAUUCUCUCCAAGUGACGAUACAAAAAUGCUUGCUACAGUUAGUCAGGAUGGUUUCUUGCGAAUUUUUAAUUAUCAUACAAUGGAAUUGCUGGCUUAUAUGAAAUCCUAUUUCGGUGGAUUGCUUUGUCUAGCAUGGAGCCCUGAUGCACGAUACAUUGUUACUGGUGGUGAAGAUGAUCUAAUAACUGUUUACUCAGUUAUAGAUAAGCGAGUCAUUUGCAGAGGACAAGGACAUAGAAGCUGGAUUUCUAAAGUAGCUUUCGAUCCUUAUACAUCAUAUACAGCAGAUACUGUCGGUCACUCAGGUAUUCCAGUCGAUCUUGGUUCUGACGAAGAUUUGCAACCGUCAAGUUUAAAUAACAGUGAUUUGCUAUUCAAAAAUUCAGCUACGCAGUCAAUUAAUCGUAUAUUUACCAAUAACGUACAGUUCAACGGGCCAUCUUCUUUUGGUGAUCUACAGUCAACUUCAUCCUCUGUUCCAUUAUCUUCAUUGAAAAAUUCCAAUGGUAAUUCAACACAUAGUGUUCGAGUUGGAAUGCAAUCAAAUGUUCAAACGCGAGCGCGGAGAGAUUCUCUUUCUGUGUUAUCUGUUACCGGUGGUGCUUAUACCAAUGUGGGCGUUACUUACAGAAUUGGUUCAGUGGGUCACGAUACGCAGUUAUGUUUAUGGGAUUUAACAGAAAGUGUGUUAAGGCAGACAGUACCUAAUCAAAAGCAUCGUACAUCAACUGUUAUUUCAGUUGGAACCGACCAGAAUGUGGUAAUGUGUGCAGCUUUGGAAUCAUCAAAACCAGCGACUACUGACGUUAGAGAACGACCAAAUGGCAAAGAUAAAAAGCACAAACGCGGUUUUAGUUUCGCUGCGAAGUUAGCUGGUAGUUCACAAGACAGGUGGAACAGAAAUCAUUCAACUACUACAGCGAACGAAAAAGACAAAGAAAACUCGGCAAAAUUCUUGGGAACACCAAUAUGCCCACGAAUGGACGAAGUAGCGGUAAUUGAACCACUGAUUUGCAAGAAAAUCGCUCAUGAACGAUUAACGGGAUUAAUAUUUCGCGAAGAUUGUGUUGUAACUGCAUGUCAAGAAGGUUUUAUAUUAACUUGGGCUCGACCGGGCAAGGCAGUAAUUCAACGACACUCAAUGAAUUCACCAGUCCCAGUAAAUCUCAGUGGAACUGUAGUUUGAAAUAAUAUAUCUAGUCUUCUAGAAGCGGGUUUUAUUAGAAAAACAUUGGCACUAUUUCUGCUAUCGAUUAGUUGGCCGGUUUGUAUCAUAUCCUAUUCAAGC